AUCCUCGUCGUUGGAGAAACGAUGGCUAGCUCUGCUAAACAAGGACCUAAAAUUGUCUCCAAAUCAUCUGCGGGAGGCGCCGGGGCGGCGGGGGUUGGCGGCGGGCCCCCGGUGAUGCCCCUCGCCUCUCCGCUCAUGGGGAAGAAGAAGAAGCCGUUUCUAGGGAUGCCCGCUCCGCUGGGCUACGUGCCUGGUCUGGGCAGAGGUGCAACUGGGUUCACCACCCGUUCUGAUAUCGGUCCUGCUCGAGAUGCAAACGACCCAGUGGAUGACCGACAUGCACCUCCAGGGAAGAGGACGGUUGGGGACCAAAUGAAAAAGAACGAGGAGGAUGAAGAAGAUCUGAAUGACACAAACUACGAUGAGUUCAAUGGAUACGCUGGUAGCUUGUUCUCCAGUGGGCCCUAUGAAAAGGAUGAUGAAGAAGCAGAUGCUAUUUAUGCGGCACUGGACAAGAGGAUGGAUGAAAGACGCAAAGAAAGACGGGAGCUGAGAGAAAAGGAAGAAAUUGAGAAGUACCGUAUGGAACGACCCAAAAUCCAGCAGCAGUUUUCAGAUCUUAAGAGGAAGUUGGCAGAGGUGUCAGAGGAAGAGUGGCUGAGCAUCCCUGAGGUGGGAGAUGCCAGGAAUAAGCGACAGAGAAAUCCCCGCAAUGAGAAACUCACCCCUGUCCCCGACAGCUUUUUCUCCAAACAUCUGCAGACCGGAGAUAAGCAUACCACUGUUGAUCCUCUGCAAGGGCUGGGAGGUCUGAAUACGCCUUACCCGGGAAGCAUGACACCAGGGACAGGAGAGCUGGACAUGAGGAAAAUCGGUCAGGCCAGAAACACACUUAUGGAUAUGAGGCUCAGCCAGGUGUCUGACUCAGUGAGUGGUCAGACAGUGGUGGAUCCUAAGGGUUACCUGACUGAUCUCAACUCCAUGAUCCCCACCCACGGGGGAGACAUCAGUGACAUCAAAAAGGCUCGUCUGCUACUGAAAUCAGUGAGGGAGACCAAUCCUCAUCACCCGCCUGCCUGGAUCGCCUCUGCCAGGCUGGAGGAGGUGACCGGCAAACUGCAGGUGGCCAGGAACCUGAUCAUGAAAGGCACAGAGAUGUGUCCUAAGAGUGAAGAUGUGUGGCUCGAGGCUGCCAGACUUCAGCCUGGCGACACAGCUAAAGCCGUGGUAGCCCAGGCUGUCCGCCACCUGCCGCAGUCCGUCCGCAUCUACAUCAGAGCUGCAGAGCUAGAGACAGACAUGAGGGCUAAGAAACGUGUCCUCAGGAAGGCUCUCGAGAAUGUGUCCAAGUCCGUUCGACUGUGGAAGACCGCUGUGGAGCUAGAGGAACCAGAGGAUGCCAGGAUCAUGCUCAGCAGAGCUGUGGAGUGUUGCCCGACUAGUGUGGAGCUCUGGCUGGCCCUGGCCCGUUUAGAGACUUACGAGAAUGCACGUCGUGUCCUAAACAAAGCUCGAGAGAACAUCCCCACCGAUCGCCACAUCUGGAUCACUGCUGCUAAGUUGGAGGAGGCCAAUGACAACGUUCAGAUGGUAGAAAAGAUCAUUGACAGGGCCAUCACUUCUCUACGCGCCAACGGUGUGGAGAUCAACAGAGAGCAGUGGAUACAGGAUGCCGAGGAGUGUGACAAAGCAGGCAGUGUGGCUACCUGCCAGGCCGUGAUAAGGGACGUCAUAGGGAUUGGCAUUGAGGAGGAAGAUCGCAAACACACCUGGAUGGAAGAUGCCGAUAGCUGUGUUUCCCAUGGAGCGCUGGAGUGUGCCAGAGCCAUCUAUGCCCACGCCCUGCAGGUGUUCCCCAGUAAAAAAAGUGUGUGGCUUAGAGCUGCCUACUUUGAGAAAAAUAACGGCACCAGGGAGUCUCUGGAGGCCUUGCUCCAAAGGGCAGUGGCUCACUGUCCCAAAGCAGAGGUCCUGUGGCUGAUGGGAGCCAAGUCCAAGUGGCUGGCUGAGGAUGUACCUGCUGCCAGAAGUAUUCUCGCUCUGGCUUUCCAGGCUAACCCAAACAGUGAAGAGAUCUGGCUGGCUGCUGUCAAGCUGGAGUCUGAGAAUAACGAGUAUGAAAGAGCCCGUCGACUACUGGCUAAGGCCCGCAGCAGUGCCCCAACAGCAAGGGUGUUUAUGAAGUCUGUGAAGUUGGAGUGGGUGUUGGGGAACAUAGAAGCCGCUCACGAGCUGUGCACCGAGGCCCUGAAACACUACGAGGACUUCCCCAAACUUUGGAUGAUGAGAGGGCAGAUAGAAGAGCAGUGUGAAAACAUGGAUAAAGCCAGGGAGGCCUACAACCAAGGGUUGAAAAAGUGUCCCCACUCCAGUGGCCUGUGGUGGCUGCUGUCUCGCCUGGAAGAGCGAGUUGGACAGCUGACCAGAGCCAGGGCGAUCCUGGAGAAGGCUCGUCUCAAGAACCCCCAGAGCCCCGAGCUAUGGUUGGAGUCAGUCAGGCUGGAGUUCAGGGCCGGGCUGAAGAACAUCGCCAACACACUGAUGGCCAAAGCCCUGCAGGAGUGCCCCAACUCAGGCAUCCUGUGGGCUGAGGCAGUGUUUUUGGAGGCCAGGCCCCAGAGGAAGACCAAGAGUGUGGAUGCUUUAAAGAAGUGCGAACAUGAUCCCCACGUCUUGCUAGCUGUUGCAAAGUUGUUUUGGAGUGAGCGUAAAAUCACCAAAGCCAGAGAGUGGUUCCUGAGGACAGUGAAGAUUGAGCCAGACCUGGGUGACGCUUGGGCUCUCUUCUACAAGUUUGAGCUGCAGCACGGCACAGAGGAACAGCAGGAAGAGGUGCGAAAGCGCUGUGAGAAUGCGGAGCCCCGUCAUGGAGAGCUGUGGUGUGCUGAGUCCAAACACGUCCUGAACUGGCAGAAGAAGACAGGAGAGAUCUUAGCAGGCGUAGCCAGCAAGAUUAAAAACACAUUCUGAGAGAGACAAAUUUGGACUGAAAAGGCCAGAGGAAUCUUAAGAGUCACCAGUCUGGGAGGAAACAGAUUUGGACAUGCUCGACUAUUGUUUUGGACUAUUGUCCUCUACCAGGACCUGCCAAUCAGUGGCAGAUACAAAUGAUUUGUGAAUCCUUUUUUCAGGAUUUGUUAUUUUACAAAAUUGAAUUACAGUUUGUAGACUUAUACAGAAAAUUGAUCCUUAAUUUCAAAGUGAAAACAAAGUACCAAUUUAAAACCCUAAAUGAUUGACUUCCGUCUUCCAGUGAAUAAAUAAUAGCAACAGUAGUCCAGGUAGCGCAGACCUGCAGUUUUCAAGUCCUCAGACAGACUAGUCAGGACUAGACUCUACAAUCCAGGAAACAUAACUUUUUUAAGCCCUUUCUGUGUAACUUAAGCUUUGUAUUUGUGGUAUUUUCCUGCUGGGAGGUAAACUUUCCCCAAAGUUCAGGAUGGCAGUCAAGGAGUUUCAAUUUGGUCUCAUUAGACCAUUGAACCUUCUUCCACUUUGUUUCAGUCUCCCAUCUGCCUUCUGGCAAACACAACCUCAGAUACAGUUACAUGAGUUCACCUCUCCUUGCAACACUGCCAUAAAGCUGCACCUGGUAGAUCACCCAGGCAACAGUUGUCUUUUAACUACUGAAGGACAACACAUUCACUCUACUGAGGUGGUGGCUUAAUUCAUACAUUUACAAAUAAACUUCCAACACAAUUUCUAAAGUCAAAAUGUGGCAAUCAGUUAUGGUUUAAUAUGUUGAUUUGUUUUCACUUUGACAUUAGUCUGUUUUUCUGUUGAUCAGUGUUGUAUUUCUAAUUUCAGUCAUAGUAAUUAUAAUAAAAGGCCUGGAAAAAGACAGAACUCGAUACUUUAAAUAGGCAAUGGAAGGUCAAAAUAUACAGGUUGAGUGAAUCUGCCUUUACAGUAUGUUUUGAAAUGUUUAUAUAUCAGGUGAUAGUUGUUAUUGUCAACACUUUCAACAAAGAAAAUAUCAUAACUUGUUUUUGAGGAAUUUAUUUCCAUGUCUAGAUUUGACUGUGUUUAGUAUUUGUAUAUAAACUCCCCAUCAGGGGCUAUUACAUGAUAUAUCAUGUGUAGUAAUGAUCUUUUUCUACAUGGCUUGCUUGAAAUGUGUUUGAAUUCUUUGCAGGCAUCCAAUAAACUACACUGUUUAAUGCACAA